GCUAUAACUCUGCUAAGAGGACGCAACUCAUUGAGGGUGUUUCUGCACUGAACAUUUACAUCUGAGAAAGUUUUCCCCCCAAGAAGUGCACUUGUACAUUCAGUCGCUAUGGGCAUUGUGAUUUUCCUAACUUUGGCCAUCGGUGUGCAGCAUGUGGCAUCCAUCGCGAAAAUCUGUCCCAGUUCGGAAUGGGUACUUCACAAGGGAACAUGCUACCUGAUUCCACAAACAAGCUACUCAUGGUCCUAUGGUCGCGCACUGUGCAAAAGCCUCGGAGGGGACAUGGUUCUGCCCACAUCUCAGGAUGAAAAUGACUUUGUACAGCAGAUGAUAUAUGCAGAUUAUAUUCCAUACAACGGGAUAAAUCCGAAUCCUUGGAUGCGCUGUCAAAAGACAGAUACUCCGCGCAUCUGCUCAGAAGACCCCGGCAAUUAUGCAAACUGGAGCCCUGAUCACGUGGACAUAGGUGACUGUGCUGUUAUGAUCUUCCAUCUGGGGGUAUGGCGUGGGCUGAAUUGUAGCUUAGAGAGGAAGAUCAUGUGUACGGCAAAACCAAACAGCUGUUCCCGAUCCUUGUCCUGCGCCAUGGUACCCUACGACCAGCCACGAUGCCUGACCAAUCACACCAUUGACCAGUUCACUAUGAGGAGCCACAUAGAGUGCUGCAUUGCCUGCUCUGAGGACCUGGCGUGCCAAUCGUUCAACCUGAUGGGGGAGAUGUGCCAGCUCAACAGCGCCACCGUUGCUGAAGUCGAUGCCAAGUAUUCCCAGACGCUGGACAAUUGUGCUUACUACGAGUAUAAACUGGAGUGAUUUACCCCCAGAGGAAUAGGGUCCCUAAAAUAUGCAGUGCCCUAGGAACCACACUGACUUACAUACGGGAACUGCACAGAAUCCGAUACACUGUACAUUUGUUUUCGGACUUUAAAUGCUCUUGAAUUUCUCACAAGACAAACACGAAAAUCAUGAGAGAGGAUCAAACCUGGGUUUACUGCUAGAAAACCCAUUCACAAGACUGGUCAUUUGAACAGGUGUUUUAACUGUAAAUAUAAUUUGAGCUUGUUCCAUCGUGUGUUUUUUAUCCUAAUGACCCUGUAUUUGAAACAUUUUGCACAGUACUUUUUGGGUAGAUACAAAUGUAGGCAAAAGGUCUUAAACACCUUUCUCACCAAUUUACUAGCCAUGCUGAGUUAAUGCCACACAA